AUGGAAGAAAAAUUGGAUGUGUCAGCACAGAUGAAUAUAAUAGCACCCAUGUUCAUAUUGGACAUCUGCGAUCAGUUACCCAACAUGACGGCUUUUGUCCACGUGUCUACAGCAUAUUGCCAUGCGGAACGCUACGUGGUAGAAGAGACUGUCUAUCCACUUCCACGGCCACUUGAUGAUAUGGUCGAGAACUGCCUUAACGGAGGACAAUUGACGCAGGCCGAAGUAAAAAGGUUCAUUUCGCCGAAACCGAAUACUUACGUUUUUACGAAGACAUUGGCAGAAACUGUGGUCAAAAAACAUGGAUACAGGGGAUACCCAGUGGCUAUCUUCAGGCCCGCGAUAGUGUCAACAUCCCUUCGAGACCCAUUUACCGGCUGGGUACAGGACUAUAAUGGACCGAUAGGCACUACAGUAGCUACUUUAAAAGGAGUGAUGCGUGUAGUGAACUGUAAUGAAGAUUUACGCGCAGACUUCCUACCUGUUGACAUUUGCGCGAACACACUCAUCACUGUGGCUUGGGAGGUGGUUAUAGAUAACCCCUCAGACCUCCGCGUAUACAACUGUAGCACCGGAGACAAUCCGACCACCUGGAGAGAGUUACGAGAAAACAUAUUAGAAGAGAUCAGAGAGAAUCCCAUUCCUAGCAUUAUGUGGUAUCCAUCUUUGUACAUGAUAACAAAUAGAUACGUGUUUAAAGUUGCGGCACUUUUCUUAGAAACGAUUCCAUUGUACUUCAUCGAGCUUUUCAUGAGAAUUUUUGGCAAGAAUAAAAAAAGGUUAAAUCUGAUAAAGGUAAAUAAACGUCUGGUGGGUAUGCGAAAUGCGUUAGAGCACUGCUCCACACACGAGUACUGGUACACCACCAACAAUGUCCGUAGGCUGCGCGCUCGCCUCACACAAGCAGACGCCGCCAUCUACAAUAUUGAACCAACUUCAAUAUGUUGGAAAGAUUACUUCAAGAGCUACGCGAGAGGCAUCAAAAGACACUUAAUCGGAGAUAAGGAAGCAGGCACACCGAAAGCCAAGAAACAUCUCGAAAGGUAA